AUGACUGCGGGUGAAAAUUUUCGCGACGUUUUUGAGCUUUUUUUGGUGAAGGCGAUGAUUCAAGUCAAUCCCAAACCAGAAUUCAUCACAAGUAUAAUAUCUAAUAACAUGCAUGUUAGAACCACUGAGCAGUUGAUAAUCCUCGUUACGGAAGAUGAUGCACCAACGCCUUUACAAGUUGUGGAAGACGCAUUGGACUUGAAAAAUGGUGUGCAUGGCUCACUCAAUGAAGAGCUUAAUCCUGGACAACACACUGCCCACAACAUAAUCAGUACACCACACGAAACAGAAUCACAUCAAGAGGAAAUUCCAUCCAGCGAGGCUCUUAUUCCCUUCACCAACCAUCCUGUUUCCGAUGACGAUGUACCUCUGUCCGAUCCGCCAUCACCCUCAGCCCCACACCCACAAGAAAAGACUCCUGAACUACCAAGAUACAGUGGAUGGUUGAUAGAUCCAGAUACUGUGAUUGAAAAGAACUCUCGAUUUGGCCAAAAGUUAAAUUCCUUCAAGGUUUGGCGAAAAAAUCUCUCGGAGAAACUCAAAAUUCUGGCAAACUGGUUCAGAAGGAUCUUUGAUAGAUCUCCAAGGAGAUUUUCAAAUAAGAAACCACAUAGAGAAUUAUAUGUUGAGGCGGACACAAACUUAGCUACCAAGAUUGACAUCAGGCUGACCAUCUUCACAAUGCGAUUUUACAUUAUCUCAACAAUUUCGCACAAAGUUCUUGAUGGUAAUCAGAUCAAACAAUCGGCGCAGGCUAUUAAGUCCGACGUCAUCAAUGAGUUAAAAUCAUUCAUUCCGGACUCAAGAAUUGCAAUUCAUCGUAAGGGGAAUGAAGCAGAGGUUAUGUUACAAAAAUUCGCCCAGAUUGAGGAUAUCACCAAGUGGGAGGAAGUUUCGAGUGAAGAUUCUCGCAGUGUAUCUUCAUUAGUUCGCAAUAUCAUUAGUUCAAUGCAAGAUGAGGUGAAGUCAAGCUCCGACUCAGGUUACGUAAACGCCAAUGCUGGAGAUUACUUUUUGGAACACAUCUUUGAAUCAUUGAAUGAUAUCGAGGUAGAAAGAAUGUGGCGUGCCUUACUUGAUUCUGAAGCAGAAUUCAAAACGGUUUACCAGCAAGCUUCGUCUCCUGGAAGGUACAACAACUUCUUGGAACAACUUCACUUUGAAUGGGCCGAGACCAUUGAGAGACGGGCUCAUAUUCGAGAUUUUCAAGCAGCAAUCGAUAGGGAAGAAGUACCAGAAGAGCUAAAGAGUGACAUCUUAAAACUCAAAGAUAACUUUUCUCGUCUUCAAAUGUGGAAAAGCUGGCCUCUAAUCGACAAAGGUUAUUAUGAAAACAGUUUCUCAAUCGUCUCAAGAAUCAAAGCCAUUCUUCGUCAUCCAGUCACGAGAUACACGGAUGAUCAAGAGGAAAAGGUAUCUAAAACCGUUCGAUUGGCAUAUCAAGCUCUCAAUCAUAUUUAUAGGUUUGACUUGCAAACUAAAAAGACUCCGACAUGGUUGAUUGAUACACUUGAUGAUAAAGAUGUACAAAAAUCUUUGUAUUUGCAUGUGCUUUCUAAUGAGGGGUUAAGCCAUCGCAAUGUUGCGGGGAUGAGUUUGUUGAAUGAUUUUGACCUGAAAGCUCAUUUGGACCAGAGUAUGCAAGAGUAUUUGACCAAAGGUACAGUUCUUUUUGACUGUCUCGACUCUUUUUUCUUCUGUUUGGUGUUUGAGUCAUACUAUUCUCUGCGAGGAUUUGCUGAUGCAUAUGCGAUAUCUUUUGAAAUAGAAAUGGAUACAAAGUUUUAUAGCGUGCUUCCCUCAGAGAUUAUAAAGGAACAUGGUGAUAACAAAUUACAAAACUACUUGACAUCAAGAGAACACAUCGCAGGAAUUUAUCACGAGGGUUCAUUCCAAUUCGACAAAGACUUCAAGAAUAUGGUAGGACAGUUUUCAAACUUGAAGGUCGAUGAUAUGAUCAAUACAGAAAAGCCAGACUAUAGACUUGCUAUGAAGCUUGACGACAAAUCCAAUAGAGAAGACCUCCUAGAAAUACCAGCAAAGGAGAAACACGCACAAGCCAGCAAAACCCAUGGGGAUGAUUUAUCACAAGACAAUACAGAAAAUUCUGAAGACAGAAUAUCGAAUGCGGUACAUUCUGCACUGGAAAAUCUUAAAAAGCUUUCAGGCAGGUCACCAACACUAGGACCCGAAGAACAAGCUUCAAUAGAAAUCCUCAGCAGCCUUAUAUCAUCUAAUUAUUUGGCCUGGCACCUGGCACGCUCAGAACUCAAAGAUUCACCAGACGGAAGCCUCUUGAAGUAUCUAGAAUUACUCAAGAUUAAGGCUAUGAGUCUCGAAAGCAGUGAUGAGAGGGUCUUUGUGGAAAAACAAUUAAAUUUCCUGGUUGAUAUGAGAAAUGAGAUCGACGAAUACGAAAAAAUACAAACCACGACAAAGAAAUUGAAUGGAAUGCUCAAAGCUCACAAUUUCCUUGAAAGACUUUCUCAAACUUGGUUCGAGACUCGAUGGACUAGAGUCGAAGGAGGUGGUUAUGAUGUGAAUAUUGUAGAUUUGGCUAAAGACUCUUUGGCUUUGAUACAAAGUCAAGCCUUUGCACAUAUGCCUAAAGGACUUGAUACUGAAUUUGUUCAUGUUCUAUCGGAUUUGGAGGGAAAAGACUCAACUGGGUUCUUCAGGAAGUAUUAUCAGGAUGCGGUUUCUGAUACUACUAAUUACAACACCUAUCAAUUUUUCACCAAAGCUCUCUCUCACAUAGAAAAUUAUCAAGCAGAAUACCCAUUAGAGUCACCAGAGGCCAAAAGUCUUGAGUUCUUCAGAGUCUUGAAACAAAACAAUUAG